UUCUGCGAGGGGAGGAAACCGACGGAUAUUUUUCGCCUGAGCGACAAAAGCCGUCAACACUGGAAUCAGUGUGCACGAUGCAUCCUCUAAAGGCAAACCUCGACAAACUGUCAGGGGAGUAAAGCCUUGAAGAACAGCACAUCGAAUAUGCAACUCUUUUGCAUUCACUUCUACGCAUGAAGUUAAUCAGAAGACUCGUAGAAGAACAAAUGCUGGACUGACUGCUGAGGAAUGGCAUCGGCGAUAUUCGAGGGGACGUCUCUGGUCAACAUGUUUGUCAAGGAUUGCUGGGUGAACGGGAUCCGGAGACUGAUCAUAAGUCAGCGAGGAGAGGAAGAAGAAUUCUACGAGAUCAGAACCGAGUGGUCAGACAGAAACGUUUUGUAUUUGCACAGGAGUUAUUCAGAUUUUGGGAGAUUGUUCAAAAGACUGGUUGAAUCAUUCCCUGAGGACAGAAGAGCUCUCUCCAAGUCCCCGCUUAUAGAAGGUCUGGUUAAGAUUAAAGAGGCCAAUGACAUUGAGCUGAAACUAAAUGAGGUGGAGAAGCUACUGAAGAAUGCCAUCAACAUGCCAUGGAAGUAUUCUAGGUCAGAGGUGGUGUUGACAUUCUUUGAGCGAUCACCGCUGGACCAAGUGCUGAAGAAUGACAACGUCCACAAGAUCCAGCCAUGCUUCCAGAGUCCAUACAAGAUAUCAGAGAUCAUGCGUUCCAAUGGCUUCUGUCUGGCCAACACUGAGACAAUCGUGUUUGAUGAGAGUCUGCCACAAGACGAAGAGAGACCCUCAUCCACUGACUCUGCUGCUGGCUCUGCAGAACACCUGUACGAGGAUGGCAGGGAGUUCCUGACGGUGGAACCAGACAUCAGUGAUGAUGACUCAGAUGCCUACGUCACAAACCUGUCUUACUACCAUCUGGUCCCCUUUGAGACGGACAUCCUGGAAUGAGGAGCCAAAAUGGCUGACGGUUAACAUCACUGCCUGCUCAGAUGCUGUCAGAAACCAACCCACAUCACGUGACCUAGCUGUGGACAGCUCUGUCCAGCAUGUUGGCCACAAAUGUUUCAGUAGCUGUACAACUGCACCGAUUAACUUUGCUACUGCUGCUUAUAGGCCAACGUUUGUCAUGGCAGCUUUCUCUGUCGAAUCGGAGAGCAGAUCCUGGGGUUCAGUGGCUGUAUGGACAGACAGACUGUAGUAUUACUCACAGAAAGAUUGUAUAGAGAGAGAUUUAAUAUCACUGGCUUACAAAGUCCAAUGUCUGUGAUAUCACCAGUGUGCCUCAUCCUCUAUCCUCAAGUUGAUGUCUCAAGAUGGGGUUAUAAGGAGAUUGCCCAUUUCUUGCUCAUCAAACUGCUUCCUGUGUCUCUCCUCUACAAUGGUGCGUUAUGGUUUUCUGUGGGAUUGAACUUGGUGUACUCCAUAGAACUGUGUUCAGUAUCAGCCUUAAACGGCAGUGUUGUCAUUACAACCAGUAUUAUGAAAGAUUGUUGUUUUAUGUGGAGUGAUAGCUUGAUUUUUCUAAUUGGGAUUGAAUGGGAAAUUAACUUUCUUUUGGUUCAAUGUGACUUUUCCUCACCAAACCUAUUGUUAGGACGACAGGUUAGGGGUGUUAUUGUAUUCAAAACAUCAAAUCGGAACACUACAUCACUGUAUGAAUGACAGUACCAGAUUGGUUUGAGUAGCAAAAAUGUAACAGUUGAGUAAUCAUCUAGGGGAUUUGUUAUCAUGUGCAUUGUGUACGCAAGCAGUGUUUUGCUGGUUCAAGCAAGGCCAUGUCAGACCCUGUAUUAUGCUGUAUAGGCUACUGUAGUUCCACAACUCAGUCCAACAGCUGACUAUAGUCUCUGUGUGGGAGUUGGCAGCGUAGCCAGCCACUGGAGGAACAAAUCUUCUCUGUUUCUAAAGAAAACAAAUGACAAUGUUGUGUGGAAAACCACUAUAAGGGAAUUUAGGCCAACACUGGAUUUUCCUCUUCCUGUUGUUCGACAAAUAAACACCAGUUUAACCACAGCCACAACGUGAUUUUUCCCAAUAUCACUAAAUAAGACAUCAUUUGACACCAAACAUGUGGGAAUGGCACAUUUGAAAAUAUGGCAUGCCCCAACAUUGUUUCUGUCCACAUUUCAAGUCAAAUUAAAGAUUAAAAAAACAAAAUAAUUGA